CAAUCACAGAAGAACUCUGGAUCUGCUAAAACGUCACAAAGUACUCUCCAUAACCAACACACGAGCAGAUUCUCAGCAGCUCAGUGAAAGCCAGACACAUUGUUCCAUGCAAGAAUGAAGACUUUGCAGACUACUUUUUUUUUGUUUGUGUUUGUACCUUUGGUAAAUCCAGCACCACCUAUACAGCAAGAAUCACUCCAGUUUUAUGAGUAUGAUACAGAUCUUACCAUGGGAAGCCUGAUCCAACAAGAUUAUGAAAUGCAAUCCAAGGAUAUAAGAAAGGAUGGAACAAACGUUUCUCUUGACACUUCCCUAAGACUGCAGGCGGAUGAUAGUGAAAGCAAUGUACCACCAACAAAGGAUACAAAUUUACCUACUUGUCUGCUCUGCGUAUGUUUAAGCGGAUCAGUGUACUGCGAGGAAAUUGACAUUGAAGCUGUACCCCCACUGCCAAAGGAAACAGCAUAUCUUUAUGCACGAUUUAACAAAAUAAAAAGGAUAGCAGUAUCAGAUUUUGCUGACAUUACUACCUUGAGAAGAAUUGAUUUUAGUGGAAAUAGGAUAGAAGAAAUAGAAGAUGGAGCCUUUUCAAAGCUUCUGUUACUGGAAGAACUUUCUCUUGCUGAAAAUCGACUUCUAAAACUUCCCAUUCUACCUCCCAAACUAACAACAUUUAAUGCAAACCAAAACAGAAUCAAGAGCAGAGGAAUCAAAGCAAAUGCUUUCAAGAAGCUGACAAAUUUGGCCUACCUCUACCUAGGACACAACGCACUAGAAUCUGUUCCCCUUAACUUACCGGAAAGUCUACGUAUUCUUCACCUUCAGUACAACAAUAUUACAACGAUCACAGAUGACACAUUCUGCAAAUCUAAUAACACACGUUACAUCCGCACACAUAUGGAUGAGAUAAGAAUGGAAGGCAAUCCGAUCCUCUUGGCAAAACACGUCAAUGCUUUUUCCUGCUUGCGAACACUGCCCGUAGGAACAUACUACUAGCCACUACUUACGUAAUUAUAC